AUGCCUGAGAUCGUCGACGACAAAGCCCAGCACGUAGUGCCCUUUAUACUGUCUCUGCUCGCCGAGCAUCAGAAAGCACAUUCCGCGUCCUCGAAUGCACCACCCUUCUUCAUCGGCCUCAACGGCGUCCAAGGCGCGGGGAAAACGGUGCUCGUCGACAUUCUCCAGAAAACACUAACCUCGCCACCACACAAUCUCCCGACCGUGGUCUUCUCCCUCGACGACCUGUACCUGACGCACGAGGACCAAGUCUCUCUCGCCCAGGCGCAUCCCGACAACCCACUCCUGCAGCACAGAGGGCAGCCAUCGACGCACGACAUCCCUCUGGCCAAGGCCGUGUUCGACGGCCUGAAGCACAACAGACGCACCAAGAUCCCGCAGUACAACAAAGCCGCCUUCUCAGGCCAAGGCGACCGCGUCCCGGAGACGGAAUGGGCAGAAGUCAACACCGACGCCUCUCACCCGGUCCGCGUCGUCCUGUUUGAGGGAUGGUGCGUCGGUUUCCGCCCCCUGUCCCCCGAGGCGUUACGGCAGAAGCACGCCGCGGCCGUGGAGGCGCUGACGGCGGCGACCGCGGAGACGCCGUAUCGCGGACGUCUUGGGCACAACACGCUCAGCUCCGUCGCGACGAUCAACGAGGCACUGCGCCAGUACGACGAGCUCACGGCCCAGCUCGACGCCUUCGUGCACAUCGACGCCCUCGACCCGCUGUACGUGUACAAGUGGCGGUUGGAGCAGGAGGCCGGACUUCGGGCCUCGCGCGGCAGCGGGAUGACGGACGACCAGGUCCGCCAUUUUGUCGACGGGUAUUAUCCCGCUUACGAGCUCUACACCGACACGUUGAGGGACGGGGUGUUUAAGGGUGUCAAGGAAGAUUGGAAGGGGAGGCAACUGCGAUUGGUGGUGGGUGAAGAUCGGAAGGUCAGGGAGGUCGUCAAGAUAUGA